AUGCUAGUGACAACGUCUAUACUUCUAGCGUUUGUAUUAUGUACACAAGCAUUCUACCUACCUGGAGUUGCUCCCACUUCGUAUCAACAGGGAGAUGAGGUAUCCCUCUUUGUCAACCACAUCACGCCUACGUUACGUUAUGAGGACAAAGACGCAAAGGCCUCGAUGUAUUCAUACGGGUUUUACAACCCCAAGUUCCAUUUUUGCGAACCUGAAGGAGGUAAAAAGAAACAGUCCGAGCCGCUUGGGUCGAUUAUAUUUGGAGACCGUAUAUACAAUUCCGGAUUUCAAUUGAAGAUGAUGGAGAAUACCACUUGCAAUGUCUUGUGCACAUCUACCGUUCCCAAGAAAGAUGCUGCUUUUUUUAGUAAGACGAUUAGGGGUGGGUUUCAAUACAAUUGGUUAAUUGAUGGACUCCCAGUGGCCAGACAAAUGGUGGAUUCAAAAACCCAAACGUCCUUCUAUAGCUCUGGAUUCAACUUGGGUUACGAUGACGACGAUAACGUUGCACAUCCUUAUAACAACUUCAAAUUAUUUGUGGAGUAUCAUCUUCGUUCGGACGGCAAUUAUAGAGUUGUUGGAGUCACUGUAGUGCCUGAAUCGAUUGCUUAUGAGUCUGAAACGGAACCUGACUGCUCUACAUCCAAGGAUGCUGUUUCUUUCAGAGAUGAUGGAGACACUAAAAUUACCUAUACAUAUUCCGUAUUCUGGAUUCCUUCGGAUACAGUCUGGGCCACACGCUGGGAUAAAUAUUUGCACGUGUACGAUCCCAAAAUCCAAUGGUUUGCGCUAGUGAACUUCUCCAUAAUAGUGAUUGCACUUUCCGUGGUAUUGUCCCAUGUUAUGUUGAAGACGCUAAGAACUGACAUUAGUACAUACAAUGAGUUGAACCUAGAUGAUGAUUCCCUCGAUGAGGUAGGCUGGAAGCUGAUUUCUGGUGACAUCUUUAGGCCUCCAAAGAAUCCUAUGCUUCUCUCCGUAUUGCUUGGAUCUGGUAUGCAGAUCUUACUCAUGACCCUUACUACAUGCGGGUUUGCCUUAAUAGGAUUGCUUUCACCUUCCAACAGAGGAUCCCUUUCCACAGCAAUGUUUGUUCUCUAUGCGGUGUUUGGAUUCGCCGGCUCGUUUAUAUCUGGAUUCGUGUACAAAUUCUUCAAAGGUGAGGAUUGGAGAACCAACAUGAUUCUCACCCCAUUGAUGGUUCCUGCAAUAAUCUUUACGGUAUUCAUCUUCCUCAAUUUCUUCCUAGUGUUUGCAAAAUCGUCAGGUGCAGUUCCAUUUGGUACUAUGUUGGCAAUUAUUGCUAUCUGGUUUAUUGUCAGCGUACCACUUUCAUGUGUGGGAUCUUUACUUGCUGUCAGAAGACCUGCCAUUGAAUUACCUUGCAAAGUUAACCAGAUCGCUCGGCAAAUCCCACCAGCAGUGGUACAUGAAAACUCCAUUCCUCGCCUUGGCGGCCGGAAUAUUUCCUUCGGCGCUAUUGCCAUUGAAAUGUACUUUAUCUACAACUCGCUUUGGUUCAGUAGAAUCUACUACAUGUUCGGCUUCCUCUUCUUCUGCUUAGUGUUGAUGCUAGUGACAACGUUACUUGUGACCUUACUCAUAACUUACUUUUCCCUAUGCAACGAGAACUACAGAUGGCAAUGGCAAUCGUUCUUUGUCGGGGGUGGUAUCUCCUGCUAUAUAUUUGCUCACGCUCUCAUUCUUUCUAAGUUCAAGCUUGAUGGUAUGGUGUCUAUCAUGCUCUAUACGGGAUACUCCUUAUUGUUAGCCGUCGGAGUCGGACUGCUCUGUGGCACAGUUAGCUUCCUUGGCUCAUUGUUCUUUGUUCUUACUAUUUACAAGGAAAUUAAGGUGGAUUAG